UAAACAAUCCGGCGUGGUCCGUGUGCGCGCAGUGAAAGGUUACGCAGAGGUCCGAACUUCGGUGUAGAUGUUCUCUGCGUUUACCGUGCUGCCCGCAUAUAUACCUUCACAAGCAGCACUGGAGUGAACUUACUAGCAAAAUGGUGACUACAUGUUGCGUGGUGGGAUGUCGUAGUCGUGCAUAGCCUGGAAACGGCAUCCGUUUCUUUCGCUUCCCGAAGCAUAACCCUCAACGACGCCGAGAGUGGAUCCGCGCGGUGCGAAGACAAAACUGGGAACCGAACGACAACCACAGGGUUUGCAGCAAGCACUUCUUAGAGGGAGAGCCUCGCAAGUUUCACAGAACCCAUCCGGACUGGGCUCCUUGCUUGUUCACUUUCACCAGCGAGGAGCGAGAAGUCAAAAUGCGUCGACUAAACAGGUUUGAGAGGAGCAAGAAACGUCUUCUUCGCUUCAAAUCUUCUUCAACACCUUCAUGCACACCUCGUAGUCAAGGCUGUAGUGUACAAGGAAACAUUCCAGAUUCUGCAAUUCCUGGUAAGCCUGCUCCUGCGCUUGUUGCCAACAGCGAUGGAAGUCCUGGAAGCACCAACACCAAGAAUUUUCCGAAGUUCCUGCUAUGCAAUGGUGUCCGUGUUCCUAGUCUCGUGAAUCGGAAGCCUACGACGAACCAGGCCGUGAUUCUCGUCACCUCAAAAAUGCCAGCAGCACUCGUUGCACCCACGGCAUGCAUCGCACAGACCAUAACCGUGACGUCCAGAAGUGCUCCCAUCGUGCACCAUGUCGUGAGCAGCACCCAGAAGGCGCCUUCAGCAUUUCAUAACAUUACGCCAACACCAGAAGGCAGCGAGCAAAAAGAGGAAGCACCGGAUAUCUGUGUCACCAACGUCUGGAGCAUGGCCUCAGACUCGACCUCGCCUGCAGCUGAAGCCGAGGACGGGUUGGGAGCAAUUAGAGCAGGCGAAACAGAGGAGAAAACGUCGCCAAUGACAGAAGGGGAGGCAGGGUGCCGACCAGAGCUAGUAGAAUCAUGCCUGGAGGUGACCAUGACCGAAGACACUGUGGAGAUUGCUAACCCUAACGGGUAUGCACGGACCUGCCGAGUAGAAGGUGCCACAGUUCCUGGGGACUUGUCAGAAGAAAGGUCCCAGCCAGUCGCGGAGCAGCUCGAGACUGCAGACACGUCGGAUGAGAUGUCAUCACAGCUUCAGAUUGUGGAUGUCUGGAGCACUGCCUCUAACUCGACCAUGACUGCGAGUGAAGGGGAAGACAAGCCUGCUAGUCCCACAUUGGAUAUUGGUGAUGCCACAAGCCAGUGCUAACAGUGGAGGACAGCGGGUCCUGCACAUCCUGCCAACCGCUUCAUGAAGAGAACAAAUUACUCCAAGAAGUGGCCAUGCUCAGGGGAAAAUGCAGCGCGUCGCAGCCAACACAAGAGCAGCACUUGAUUGGCUGAUGGACAUUAAUCGUGCCAGGAGCACAGAUCUUUUUUUAUUGUACAUUAUGUAUAAUUUUCAGUAUUUUAAGCAGUGUUCAUCCUCAGGCAAGAAAAUGUAGGGCAUUGCAGCCAUUACAAGAGCAGCACUUUUAAUUGGCUGAUGUAGCUGAUCAACCUUAAUUGCACCAGGUGCACAGAUCUGUUUAUGUUGUACAUCAUGUAUAGUUUUCAGCAUUUUAAUAAAAGGUACUUUCU